AUAAUUAAUUAAUGGACUCGAUUUAUAAACCUAUAAAUUAUUAAAAGCAUAAAACUUAAAUAAAGUAGCUUAAAAAUAUUAGUAGAUAUAAUAAAGUUAUAAAGAGUUUUAAAAAUUAAAAUAUAGAAACAAAAUUUAUACUUUAAAUGAUAUUGUUUUUAUUCAAAAUGCUGAUGAUAUAACUAAUGAUUUUAUAGGAAAAAUAGAUUAAAUUAUGAGAAUCGAAGUUCUAGAAAAAUAUAUAACAUUAAUAAAAGUUAUUUGGUAUUAUAAAAAAAAUGAUAUUGAAAAAAAUGCAGAUUAAAAUGUACUAUAAUGUAUUGGAGAACAUGAAAUUUUCGAAACUAAUCAUAAAGAUGUAAGCCAAUUACGAUGUGGUUGA